AUGCGUCACCUCUCCCAGAUCCUCUCCACCAUAUCCUUGACCCUAUUCUACGUGCUCCCCACACUCGCCAUCACAGGAGGCAAAGCAUGGGUCAAUUUCUACAAAGACUGCCCAGCCGAAAUUAUUGAGGUCGAAGAAUUCACAGUUAUCGUACCAUCUUCCGUCAGUCAAGCAAAAGGAGUAGCUUCACCUACCUUGUCACCGUCCUCUUCUUCCAUUCGUACACCAUCGAGCAGCUCGGCUUCCGUUCUCCCGUCUUCUUCAUCGUCAUCAUCGAUCCCAUCAGAAAGAUCCCAAUUCCGAUCCUUAUUGGCUGCCCGCAGUACAGAAAAAACAACCAUUCGAUCACCAGCGGUCAACAUCACGCAAGGCCAAUGCCAGCCCGUACACAUCGCCACAUCCACACACCUUAACUCACGCUCCGUCUCCGUCGAGGCAGAGCUGAUCAACGUCUUGCCCUUUCAGCAAUGCAAUAUCACCGUCCAUGAGGUUGCAGGCUGCAUUGAUCCACCACUCGUCGUUGCUCCUGUGAAGAACCGCGAUGCGAGAAGCGCCUGCAAGCCCAGAAAUUUUGAUGCUUUUGACGAUGUGUGGGUAAAACUGGACUGCUCAGAAGUUGGCACAGGUUCUCCUCAGAACACGGUUUCGAGAACGAGGCCUGUUCGAAGGGUGUUUUAG